CUGUUCCUGCUCCCGCUCCCGCUCCCGCUCCUGCCGCGCUGCCUCCCCCGCCCGCAGCCGCGCCGGGCGCGGGGCAUGGCCAGACUCACCGAGGGCGAGGCGAGGAGACAGCCGCCGCCGCUCCCGCCAGCGCCGCAGCCGCCGCGCCGAGCCUCCCCCAUGAACAGCAGCGGCGGCGCGGAGCCCCCCGCGCAGCCCGACAGCAUGAAAGACCUGGAUGCCAUCAAGCUCUUCGUGGGGCAGAUCCCACGCAACCUGGAGGAGAAGGACCUCAAGCCGCUCUUCGAGCAGUUCGGCAAGAUCUACGAGCUCACCGUGCUCAAGGACCGCUACACCGGCAUGCACAAGGGUUGUGCAUUCCUCACGUACUGUGCCAGAGACUCUGCCAUCAAAGCCCAGACAGCACUGCAUGAACAGAAGACUUUGCCAGGGGUCCAAAGAGCUUCCCUCGUUUCUCCCAGCUGCCCUCAAGACCUCCCCACGCACACGUCAUUUUCUGUAUUUGUUUACCUCUGCUCCCUUUUUGCAUGGGCCUGUGCUGGCAUUUGAGCACUGGAAAAUGCAUGUAACUUAAUUCCCACUUAACAGGAUCUUUAUCUCGGGACGACCAGGAGAAAGAGUGAAAAUAACCAGGUGCUCAAAUCUCCUUGAGUUAUUUUUGUGUGACAGGAAAUGGUCAGCUUUUUGGACUCAAGCAAUGUAACCUUGUGUGUGUUGGUCCAGGGCAGAAUUGACAGAGUCUGUGAGAACAAGUUAAAGGAUGGAGGAACAGUCAUGAGGAAUCAUGGUGCAAUGCUGUUAAUACAAUGGGGAAGUCAGACACAUCUCUACCUAGUACCUACAGAGGGUCUCUGAGAGGUUAUUCAUGUGAGGCUUGGUGGAUUCAAGGCAAUCUCAGUUUUGCUACAGUUCUACAUUGGGAAUUUGUUGCAUGUUUCUCUACUGUCUGUGCUCUCGGUUAUAUUGUGCUGCAUGGAGCAGUAUUUGAAGCAGCACUGUGUCUGUGAUGUGGUGAUCUAAAGGCUUUUUAUGUUAAGGGAGGUGUAAGAAACUGCCUGGGAACAGUACAAAGUCUGCUCAGAGAGUACUUUUGAACAUAUUUGUCUGGAGACAGUUAAUGAGCAAUGUGGUGUAAUUAUGUUUCAGGAUUAGGAGGAAGAUGAGCUGUGUGGCAUUUGGAGCUGUUUAUUUUCAGGCUGUCAAUACACUACUUCAUCACAUUUAGUUUCUCUUAAGUCCCUCAAUGACCAAGAAGGCAUGAUUCCUUCUCUCUCUGAUCAUUUUAGUGGUCAUUUAGAGAUGGUAACUACCAGAAUGAAACAGACCUCCAUCCGGAUCCACAUAGAGUUGGUCUUGGCAUGGACAUGGUCUGGGUGACCUGAGGAAGCUUUCAGGUUUGCUUGUGUCUAUAUAGCAUUACCCAUCCCUCUGAUCCAGCUGAUCACAGAGAAUACUCCUGAAAUGAAUCAUAGAUGGGAGUGCUGGGUAUUUGCUUCCCUGUUUUGGGAACAAGGCUGUAAAAUUUCAUCUCUGUACAUUUGCAUCUAAAUCAUCUUCUGUUAAACUCUGUGGCAAAGCCUAUCACCAGAAAUACAGCAAGGGUCCAAACAUAGGGCAGAGAACAGAAUGUACUGGGCUGUGGUCUGGUAAACAAGUGAUUUCUUCUUUAUUUUACCCCUACGCUAUCUCUUUGUUGCACAGAGCAAUAGCAGGAAGAAAGUUGAAGGGUAUAUGACAUCAGUGUAGGGUGACACAAGCUGUACCUGAACACGUGACCAAGCAUCAGCACAUUUAGAGACAACGAGGGAUCAGACUGGCAUAGGAAGGAUCUUCUGUUGAUCCUACACUUACUGUUGUACUACCAAGCAAGCAUAGAUGCCACAAGUGGCCAAGUACCUUCCUUUGUUGGUCUCAAUGCAGAGAGCAGUGGUUGAUCUCAACAGUUCAUGAACCUGAAUAGAGACAAAUGACUUUCUAGGUCUAGACUGAGGAUUUGGUAAGGUCAGAUUUAUGGAAAUGCUUUGAUAUGGUUUCUGAGAGAUCCUUAGGCUGCGAUCAGGUAGCUGGAGCAGGACUUCUGGGUUCUCUUCCAAGUCUGUUGUGUAGGUCUGGGCCCACAGAGGUAUUGCUUAGGCCCUCCAGGUCUGAUGCCCAGUGAUGUCAGCCCAUCUAAGAAUGUGGACACAUUGUUCCUGCAGGGCCAUGAGUGCAGUGUAGCUUUCCUGAGGUUUUAUAUUUAUAGUUAUAUUUGUAUUUAUAGUUAUAUAUAGUUAUAUAAUCAGUAGGAAUCACCAUGAUCUCUAUUUGCUCCUGUGGCAUUUCUGGCAAGUUCUCCUUCUGUGACGUCAGAAUUCUUUUUUGUUUUUAAAUUAAGGGCUGUUGGAUGUAUGGUAACUAAAUGGAAUUUAAACUCUAAAAAGCUGACUUUUUGACAAUAAGGCUUAGCUUCUUUUUACGAGAUAGACAGAAUUUUGGCUUUUACUGCCUUUCGUAUGGGCUAGUGUGCUCAGGGUGUAAAGCAGCAAUCAUAGAAUCACUUAGGUUGGAAAAGACCUCUGAGAUUGUCAAAUCCAACCAUUAACUGCCAAGUCCACUAAACCAUGUCCCUAAGUGCCACAUCUGCACAUCUUUUAAAUCACUCCAGGGAUAGUAACUCAACCAAUCUCACCUGUACAGUCAGCUGCAUAUUGUAUUAUCUAUAACACCUGUCCUGCCCUCACAGCUGCUGAAUUGUUGUCAAUGCAGUCUGGAAAUAACAAAUGUGUGAAUAUUCCUUUGGGGAAGGAAGGAUGGAGCUUCCUAGAACAGCAAGGUAAAGCACAUCCUUGGUGA